AUGUCAGACAACAGCAACUCAAUCCGAUGGGAAUCGUUACCUACUGAGAUUGCAACCGACAUUUUUCUACGCUUACCUAUCAAAUCCAUAAUCAUCUGCAUCUCUGUUUCAAAAACAUGGAAAUCCCAAAUCCAAAACCCAACUUUCAUUUCCACCCAUCUCCACCAUUCCCACAACAAAAACAAAAACCUCCUCCUCUUCAGCCUCUACUCACAGACUCACAAAGAGUCCUACGCACUGCAGAACGAAGAUGAACCUCAUUUCACCCAACACUCCAGCUUGAUUACCCUUUCCAUGUUCCAUUCCUUCAGUCCCCAUACGGAACAUUCCGUGUGUGGUCAGGGUUGUUCACUGUCCACUGUUGAAUGGAGAACGUUUGUGACUGGUUUGGCUCUCAUAUGUGCUGCACGUUGUCGUGAGUCACAAGCAUUUGUCAAUGGAGCUAUGCAUUGGGUUGCUUGCAGAGUAUAUGAGGACGGAUUUCAACUUUUUGUUUUGGUGUUCGAUUUGGGUGACGAGGUCUUCCGUGAAAUACUGCUGCCGCCUGAACUUCCAGAUACCUGUGAGUUGCCUUUUAUAUCUGAGUCUGUUUCUAAUGGCCAUACCAUGGCCAAUAGGAUUAGGAAGAAUGGGGAUGUUGUAUUCAUAUUGCGUGAGAGCAAAGAGUUUAAGGAUCUUAGGAUCAUUGGAUAUGAGAAUACUUUUGUUCAUUCUUUCGUUGAGAGUCUAGUUUUACUUGACAAAGCUGCCAACAGUGCAGUUAUAUACUAA